UUUUUUUUUUUUUAAUCUGAAAUUUUUUAUCAUAAUCAAUCAUUUUCAUUUUAAUUCAUUCAUUUACGUUAAAAUUUUUCUCUUAUCGUUUAAGACCUCGCACAAAUUUUAUUUGAAAAUAAUUACUUUUAAAAAGAUAAUAAUUUCAUAAUUAUUACGCUUUUCACUGAUUUCUUAAUAGAUUAAAUAGAAGGAAGCAACUUUUCGUAUUGUACGUAAAUAUACGACAAUGUCAACGAGAAUAAUCCCUCACUUACAUUGGUACCAUUCAAGGAGGAUUAACCCGAAAAGAGUAAUUACUAAUUCAACACCUAUCCUCAAUGAACAUUGUCUAAUACGAAUUUUUGAAUUACUUGCCGAGGACUCAAAUUCAUUAUUUUGUUGUGCAUUAGUGAGUCGUUUUUGGUGUAUAUAUGCACUUCCUAUCCUAUGGAGAAAUCCUUGGUUUUACAUCAAGAACUCGGGAACCGGUUCGGAUAGAUGGCGUACCGGAUUAAUAACGACGUAUGUCGCAACGUUACCACAAUCUUCAAAGGAUAUCUUAUCUCGAGCUGGAAUAAAACCACCAUGUAUUACUAAGAAUCCGGUUUUUGAUUACUCAUGUUUUUUAAAGGGUUUGCAUAUUUGUUCUUUGGAAGUUCAUGUUAUUUUUUGGAUUUUAUUGGUUACAGGAGUUACUAUUGAAAAUGGGAGGGUUAUAGUAAUAAAUCCUACUCUUAGAAAAAAAAUAUUUAUAGUUAUUCAAGAAUUAAUGAGACUUUUCUUUAGAAAAUCUAGCGUUUUAUAUAAUUUAAACGCAGGUUCAGGAAUUAUAGUUCCCGAAAUUUUAGCGAAUGUGAUAACCGAAAUCCCUGAAGCAAAGAAAGUUUUAAAAAAAUUAAGAACAUUCACUUGUGGAUCAACCGUUAAUACGACUAAAUUUAUGGCUAAAAUAGUAUCAACACUUUCAAAUUAUAGUCGAAAUAUUCAACAAUUAGAAAUUCAUCCAUAUGAAGAUAUAAAUGAAUUAUCUAAAUUAAUUAACGUUCAAAAAUAUUUAUCAACAAUAAGUAUGGAAGAAAAUCUUACAUCCGGAAAUAUUCGACAAAUAUCUUGGAAAAAUACAAACGGCGCUCCUUACGAAAUAAUUAAAAAAGCACAAUUUAUAACACGUUUAACUAUUGGUAGAAUGUAUUUUCCUAUUGAAGAAUUAUCAAAUUUUGUGAACCUUGAAGAAUUAAUUUUAUCAUCAUUUGGUGAUCAAGAUUAUCCACGAUCCAAAUGGAUUCAAUUAACAGGGGUUUCUUUAAAAAAGUUAAAAUUAUUUUACUUUUGUAGUGUUAAUUCAACAAUAUAUCUUGAUAUAUUUGCAAAUUUUAUUAAAAAUUGUAAAAAGUUACAACACAUUAUAAUACAUAGUCACAAGUUAUCAGAUCCUAAAAAUUCCGGAUUAUUGAUCGAUAAUAUCGCACAAUAUUGUCCAGAUAUUUUAUUAUAUGAGGGACCUAUCUUACAAGAAAAUAUAAAGGAAUUGACGAAAUUAUUACAAUCUUGUAAUAAAUUAAAAUCCUUACAUCUACGACCAUCAAAAGGAAUUUCUGAUACGAUAAAUCAAGCAACAUCACCAUCGAAUCAAGGAAAUACUACUGAUAGAAAGAUGAAUUUUGAUGUCAUAUUAAAGGAGAUUACGGAGAAACAACCACAAAGUUUACAUAAUCUAAGAAUAUCUGAUGGAUGGAAAAUAUCAGCGGAGGCGUUUGAAAAAUUUUUAGAAAGUCGUGAGAAAAUAUCUAGACCUGUUUGUUUUUAUUGGAACCCUACUGUUCAUUUUACAGGAAAAAUGGAAGAAGUUUGCAAGAUGUAUCAUCGAUAUGGAGUAUUAAGGCAAUAUGUUAGUCAUGUAUUUUAUUGAUAGAGUGAAUAGAGUAUAAUUAUUUCAUUUGAAUAUUUUUUGUAUUAUAUCAUUUCAUAUUAAUAAAGGUUUUUUUUUCUUCCUUUUUUU